CGGUAACUCUACCGGCUAGCAUACAAGAUGGCGGCUCCCAUAAUAGAAACAUGUCAUGUCGCAUGUUGUGCAAAUCGAACCCCAAAUGUUCUUUCAUGGGGUCGUGGGGGGCUCAUUGCAUAUGGAACAUGCAAUUCUGUCGCUCUCUAUGACCCACAGGAGAAGUGUGUUGUUGCUGUCCUCAAUGGACAUACCGGGAGGGUGAACACAGUCCAGUGGGUCCACAGAGAGGACUGUGGUAGAGAAACUCACCUGGUGUCAGGAGGGUCUGACAGUCUACUGAUUGUGUGGGAGGCCCAAGAUGGAAAGUUUAAACAGUAUGUUGAGUGUGUUGGGCAUACUGGACCAGUGUGUGCCGUGGAUGCCAUCCACCUGGACAACAAUAAGCUACUCAUCGCCUCCACAGCCUCCGACUCCACUGUAAAACUAUGGCUCUACACUGGGAGUAAAGCGGAGUGCACCCAUACCAUAUCCUUUGGGAGCGGGUUUAUGAUGGAUGUCUCGCUAGCGUGGUUGCCAGGCAGCAGAGUUCCCAUACUUGCCUGCGGGGGCGACGAUUGCAGAAUCCAUUUGUAUGCACAGUGCAAUGGACAGUUCAGGAAAGUCCUCUCCUUGCAAGGGCAUGAGGAUUGGAUCCGUGGUGUGGAGUGGGCCUGUGUAGACGGGGAUCUGUUACUGGCCAGCUGUGCUCAGGACUGUCUGAUCCGGGUUUGGAGGCUGGUUGCCAAGUCUAGGACGAAGAGAAACGCGCAGGAAGAACGCACCAUUAGGAUGUCUGAAGAUGUCUUUACACUGACACAGAACGAUGCGUCCUCAGCAUUUGCAGUGACGCUAGAGUCAGUCCUUGCUGGCCACGAGAACAAGGUCUAUGGAGUCCACUGGCAGCCCCCUGUCAUCAAAGGUGGCGACCAGCACCAGUCUCUGAGCCUGCUCUCUGCUUCCAUGGACAAGACCAUGAUCCUGUGGGCUCAGGAGGAAGGCUCAGGGGUGUGGGUGGAGCAGGUGCGUGUAGGGGAGGUGGGGGGAAACACACUGGGUUUCUAUGGUUGUCAGAUGAGUCCAGACGGAUCCAUGAUCCUGGCCCAUGCCUUCCACGGAGCGCUGCAUCUCUGGACCCAGAGCCACGGCAAAGAGGGAGAGUGGAGUCCAGGAGUGGUGAUAUCUGGUCACUUCAACGCAGUUCAGGACCUGAGCUGGGACCCUGAGGGGGAAUUCAUCCUCAGUGUGGGGUCAGACCAGACCACCAGGCUACUAACACCCUGGAAGAGGAUGGACCAAACACAGCCUACCUGGCACGAGAUCUCUCGCCCCCAGAUCCACGGCUAUGACAUGCAGUGUCUGGCCAUGGUGGGCCGCUUCCAGUACGUCUCCGGGGCCGACGAGAAGGUCCUCCGGGUGUUCCGCGCCCCCCGCAACUUUGUGGAGAACUUUGCAAACAUCUCUGGCACGCCUCUGGCGAAACUGCUGGCCUCCAGUGACACUGUAGAUCAACCAGAAGGGGCCAGUACCCCUGCCCUAGGUCUCUCCAACAAGGCUGUGUUUCAAGGUGAUCUUACUCCCAAGACCAAUGAAGAGGAGGGAACUGGGUUCAACAGUGUUUCUGACCGAUACCAAGAGUCCUACUUCCACCCGCUCACCCUUAAUGAGCCACCACCAGAGGACCACCUCCUUCAAAACACACUAUGGCCUGAGGUCCAAAAACUGUAUGGACAUGGCUUUGAGAUGUUCUGUCUGGCGUCUGACAGUGGGAGGACGGUGGUGGCUUCAGCAUGUAAGGCCUCUAAGGCUGAGCAUGCGGCCGUGCUGCUCUGGAGCUCCACUUCCUGGCGCCAGCUACAGGCGCUGCCCUGCCACAGCCUCACUGUCACCCAGAUGGCCUUCUCUCCCAAUGGACUGUUCCUAUUGGCCGUGUCCCGGGACAGGACCUGGUCGCUAUGGAAACGGGACGACCCCGCCGCCACCCCUACAAACACAGAGCCCCAUUUCUCCCUGUACACAUCUACCAGGAAGGACACGGCCGUACACACGCGCAUCAUAUGGUCAUGUGACUGGAGCGCCGACAACAAGUACUUUGUGACGUCAAGUCGAGACAAGAAGGUGAUAGUGUGGGGUGACUGCAGUAGUUCUGAGGCCAUUGUGACCCCUGAUGAACCCCCAGUCAUCCGGCCCUGUUCCUCCAUAUUAGAUGUAGGAGACUCGGCCACUGCUGUCUCCUUCUGCCCCAUCCUGUGCCCCGGCAACAGACAGGAAUAUAGAAAUGAAACUGGCGUGACAGAAGAAACAGAGUGGAUUUGUCACGACAGUCGUAAAAACAGGAACAACCAACCCCAGUGUCUCACCCACUCAGAAGUGACUGUGUGUUUCUCUGGUGGGCAAAGAGGGAUGAGAAAGAAGCCUUUUCGCUUCAUGGAGGUCUGUGCUGCUGUGUUGCUGCUCUGGACAGCCCCAUUGACUCCAGGCUAGGGGGAGGAGCUCAGACAGGAAUUCACACCUGGAUGUGUCCAAUAGCAGUACUGUCUCCAACCUGCUCCUUCCCACCCAUUCCUUGUCCUCCAAUAGGCUUCCUCCUUGGCUGACAGACAUCAUCAGCGUUCCGACGCCAAGCCCAGCUCACAGAGCAGCCCACUCUCUGUAAUGAGUUGUCCCCAGGUGAUCUAUCUCACCCUGUAUAUUUCAGGUGUUGGAGCAUUGAAUGGUUAAGAAGUCAUGAGAGGUUAUACAAUUUACAGAUGCGUGACAGAUUCUUGUUGUGUUCAUUUAGCCUGGCCCACACCAUUACCACCACUACCUACUGGGCCUGGUGUAUACUGUGGCUCCUGCAGGGUACAGGAUAUGACUACAAGCACAGAGCUCAACAAACGCCUUUUAAAAACUAAAACUGGAACCAAGACACCAAUGGUGAAAUAUAUGCUGAAACAAAUCUAGACUUCUGAUGAUGAUACGUAGCUUUUUGGUGGAUUUCGUCCACUUUGUGUUUUUCUUGUUCUUGUGACAACAGUUGUACAAAUAAAAUUACGAUAGCUAGCUAUGUCUACGGCCCCAUUUCAGUCCAAGAAAUGACCUUUGGGUCAACUGCACAGAAAUACAUUUCUAUAGCAACUCUGAUGUAUGUUCCACUGUUGCUAAGUGCCAGGUGAUUUAGAGGUGCUUCUCCCAGUCUGUGGUUCAAUUGUUGUGGUCAGUUCUGUGGUCUCCAUCGGCGCCAUUUCUGCUCAAACCACAUCUGGAUAGGGUUCACAUAUGGCUCACCUAUCUUCCACUUGCCAUUUUGGUCAUUGACAUUUAGAUCAACUAAUUGAAACAGCUUAAAGGGACUUAAUUUCACGGUUUCAAAACUACUGAUCAAACCGAAAUGGCAAACCCACAUCCUCAUCACGAUCUGAAUGUAUGUCUUGUCAACAGAACCUCUGUCCAAGUCUUUGAUCUCAGUUUCUCACCACUUUUGAUGCUGUCUGACCAUGCACCUAUUUCAUUGACUUAUGAAACGUAUAUUCAUUAGAAAGAUGCUUCUUUAUCCUCACUACAGCCAGAUAAUGGAGCGACAUCACAGUUUCUUAACCAUUUACAGUGGUAAUGGGAGUCUGUUUGGCGAG